UGGUGGAAAAAUCAGCAACGUCGACUUAAUUGAAGAUGGAAGGGAAAUCUUUUAUCUUUUCACUUCUGCAGGCAAACGGAUGAAGAUGCGGAUUGCUCGGCGGUCUCCUUCGGAUCUGUUAGAGUGUUCGGUGGAACACAGAGUAAUCUCAACUCGUCCAGCAAGAUGGAGAUUGUAUGGCCACAGUUUCAAGUCGGACGUUACUUCCUUGUGCCACGAGGCUGCACCUGAGAGCAGCGAUGAGCUGCGUGUACACACGGCGAGCAAAGUUGCUGGAAGCAAAUCCCGGAAGCAUUUCAGAGGUAUUUCUACUCCUGAUGAUGUCAUGGUUGAGGUGCGUUCUGUUGUGUGCCUCAUCCAGUAGGAGUUGAGAGUUCGAUCCUUUAGUGAGCAAUGCUUCAUGGGAUUUGUAGUCUGUUUUGGACUCCCUUUGUUUGAUUUUGGCGCGAUUUUUAUCAGUAUAAUUUAUGAUUUAUGUGGGGGCCUGAGUUAGGUUUUACGACUGCCUUUGUCUUCUAUCUGAAUACAUGAGGCCCAACACUAUCCUCACUCCAGUCACAGCACCACUGCCAGCACAAGAGCCCACCCUCGCUCCAGUCACAGCACCACUGCCAGCACCAGAGCCCACCCUCACUCCAGCCACAGCUCUACUACCAGCACCAGAGCCCACCCUCGCUCCAGCCACAGCUCUACUACCAGAGCCCACCCUCACUCCAUCCAAAGCCCCACUAAUGAGAGAUCAGUGUGGCCAGAAAUGCAGAAGAAAAUGCACAGACAAAUUUAGUGAGGAGAGGCGUAAGGAGAUCUGGAACAGGUAUUGGGACAUGGAAUACACAGACAGACGUGCAUUCAUGUUCCACAGUGUCAGCCAGCUACCAACAGCAAAAUUGUGUGUGGAUGGAAAAACAAGUCGGCGUGGCAGGUCCCUUAUUUACUGGCUAAAGAAUGAAGAUCAGGUCCCACAGCAGGUCUGUAAAACCUUCUUUUUGGCCACUUUGGGGUACCACCCAGCAAAUGACAGCCUGGUCCUCUCUGUGAUGGGGAAGGAGAUAGGAAAUGAGGUGAUCCCCAGAGACCAAAAAGGAAGACAUACACUGGCCAACGAACUGGACAUGCAGCCUGUAUAUGACCACAUAGAAUCCUUCCACCCAUCAGUCAGCCACUAUCAAAGGGAGCAUGCCCCACAUCUUCGCUACUUCCCUAGCGACAUUAACAUCAAGCUCAUGUAUGCUGAUUAUUUGGAAAAAGGCAGCAGCUGCUCCUAUGAAAGCUACUGCAAAGCUGUGAAGCAUAAGAAUAUCAGCUUUGCAAAGCUUGGAGAGGAGGAAUGUGAGGAGUGCCUACUGCAGGAUCAGCACAUGAAAAAUGACCAUGAUGGGGAUGGCCAUGUCAUGGACUGCUUGCAGUGCCAGAGGUGGCAUGGGCAUAAGGAGUCUGCCAUGCAGAGCAGGAUGACAUACCAGGCUGAUGCGGAGAAUGACUGGCCAGAAGACUCAUCAGUGAGGAGUGUGGACCUUCAAAAAUUAAUCAUGUUGCCUCGUAUGCCUGGGCUAAAAACAUCAAUCUUCACAAAGCGUAUCGUGGCAUUCCAUGAGACCUUUGCCUCUGUAGGCAAGAAGAAAAAAUAAAAAACACCAUCUCUGUGGUCUGGAAUGAGGGCACGGCAGGGCGAAGUGCAGCAGAGAUCACCUCGGCCUAUGUGACUGCACUAGAGAAAGAAAGGGACAUAUGCCACAGCAUCUUCUGGGUGGACAACUGUUCUGCCCAAAACAAGAAUUGGUGCCUGCUAUCCUCCCUGGUCUGCCUUGUUAAUGGUGAUACCACCUCUGUGGAGGAUAUCACUCUAAAAAACUUUGAGAAGGGACACACUUUCAUGAGUGCUGACAGUUUUCACCAUGGCGUCGAGCAAGAGAUGAGAAAUCGUCCUGGAGGAGUGGUGUAUGACUUUGAGGAUUUUGUGAGUGUUGUGUCAAGCUCAAAUUCCAGGAAGGUGGAAGUGGUCAAAAUGAAGAAUGCUAAUGUGCUGAAUUGGAAGGAUGGCCACUCCAGUGUUAAGACCAAGAAGGCGCCAAAGUUAGGCAAGAUAUCAGUGAUUCAGCUGCGACAUGGCUCCAGGAGCCUGUUCUUCAAACAAACCUAUGCAGAUGCUCACUUUACCGAGUUGGACUUCCUCCGGGCUAAGUUUGAGCUGAAUGUACCCUCUCUCCUGAGACCACAUGACCGGGGGAUUGAAGAGGCAAAGAAGAAGGACAUCAUAAAAAAUAUAUGUCCUUUUAUGCCCCUAAACAGGAGGGCUUUCUGGUGUUCACUGCCUGUGAGCAUUGUUGUGGAGGAUGAUGAGUAAGAACACCAUGAAACAACAAGAAAUGAACAGGAUUCCAAGUUCACUUACUUGUACAUGAUUUAUUAUUCCAAUCCCAUGCAUUUUAAAUUUGUACAUGAUUUGUUAUAUCUUUGCAUUCCAUUAUUAAUUAAAUUAUUAUGUUUACUCGUUAGAAAUAUGCUUAUCUUGUAUUUAUUCAUAUAAUUAAGUGUCACCUAUCUGCAGUCAACCUGCACACCAAUUGAAGAUAUUCUUUACCGCUAUGGCGGUAUGUGUCAUGUCUAAUGUAUUAAAAAUGCCAUCAGAAUACAACCAAAGCACAGGAUAGCAAUAAGUACAUGGCUAUAAGUAAUUGUAAAUCAUCCAAAAUAAAUGCCAUGAUCACUAGAUUUUAUACAGGUGUUACUAUAAUGAUUUUGUAAAUGGUGAUUAGCAACCAAAUAUUGAUAAUGUGGAAGUUACUGCCUUUUGCCUUGGCGUGACUUCUCACUUUUUGCAGACAAUACAAAGGCAGAGUACAGUAACUUCAAAAUAGGGGUCAAAAGUCAAGUUUGAGCUCAAGAUUUUUUUAUGUAGAUAAAUUUCAUUACUAAAACAUCUAAUUGCCAGAUUUUCAGUGUCCUACCUAUAAUACAUUUGGCUGGACAACUAAAAAACUUUAAAGUCAUUUUUCUCAGUUCCACACUCUAGCGAGUUAAGGUCUUUUGCUUUUGUAGGGCAGUACAGGAAGUGUGGGGUGAAAUAUCACCUGAGUAUCUGGACAAACUGACAGCUAGAAAGUCAAGGAUCGGCAAAGCUGUCAUUGCUGCACGUGGAUGAUUUUUUGAUGAGAACUCUUUGAAGUAGUUUAUGAAGUUCUGAACAUUUUGAUGUCCUGACUAUACAUUGUGAUCAGUUGAAUGCCACUUUGGUGAAUAAAAGUACCAAUUUCUUUCUAUAAGAGCAAAAUCUGUACAUUAUUCUGAACUUUUGGAUGCCAGUGUAUCUGUCUGUCUUUUCUAUCUAUCUUUGUGUCUGUCUGUCUGUCUGUCUGACUGUCUAUCUAUCAUCUGUCUAUCUAGCUGUUUGUCUGUCUUUUCUAUCUAUCCAUCUAUCUAUCGAUCUGUCUGUCUGUCUGUCUGUCUUUUUUUAUCUAUCUAUGUGUGACGAGGAGGAGGGCGGGGCUGGGCCAUGAGGACACAUGCCCGGCCCUGAACCAAGCUAAUCAGCCGGGAGGGGGAUAAAGACAAGCCCAAGGCUCCAGUUCGAGUGAUAGAGAGCCACAUGCGGGUGCUGUGUGUUUGUGUUUGUUUUAUGUUGUUUUAAGUUCAUUUCUGUCAUUAAAGUUUACGUUGACUGUUCUGCCGGUUCCCGCCUCCUCCUUACCCACCUUACCCCGUUACAUUGGUGCCAAAACCUAGGAAGGAGGAGGGAUGCGCUGUUGCAGUCCUCACCACUGCCAUCCACCAGGGGAGCAGCCGCGGCCGUCUGCCUGGGGACGGAGGGCUCGCUGCCGUUUGCCAGGGGAGGAGCGAGCUGUCGUCUGCCAGAGGUUGGGAGGAGUGGCUAAGGACCAGGCAAUGGCGUGUCUGCGAGCCAGUUUUCUCUCUCUCUCUCUCUCUCUCUCUCUCUCUCUCUCUGUCACUCUGCCUCAUUCUUUCCCUCUCCCCUUUCCCUCCCCUCAUCUCUCCCAGGGCUCCAGAAAGGUGGGUAAGACCUGCCGGCAGGCACGGCCGGAAGGGCAACACCCCCAUCCAGGAAGGGAGUGGAGGAGAGUACAUCAUGCCGGGGGUUUCCCCGGCCUGAGUAGGGCGAUGGAGGAGUGUGAAGAGGAGGAAGGUGGGGCCGGGCCGUGAGGACACACGCCCGGCCCUGAAUCAGGCUAAUCAGCCGGGAGGGGGAUAAAGACGAGCCGCAUGCGGGUGCUAUGUGUGUGUUUGUUUAUGUUUGUUUUAUGAUGGGUUUUCUUAUACUCUCCCCAAUUUGGCAUGCCCAAUUCCCAAUGUGCCCUAGGUCCUCGUGGUGGCGUAGUGACUCGCCUCAAUCCGGGUGGCAGAGGACGAAUCUUAGUUGCCUCCACGUCUGAGACUGUCAAUCCACGCUUCUUAUCACGUGGCUUGUUGAGUGCGUUACCAUGCACAACUCACCAUGUGUCCCACCAAAAGCGAGAACCACAUUAUAGCGACCACGAGGAGGUUAACCCAAUGUGACUCUACCCACCCUAACAACUGUGCCAAUUGGUUGCUUAGGAAGCCUGACUGGAGUCACUCAGCACGCCCUGGAUUCAAACUUGCGACUCCAGGUUCACAUUGAGAUACAUUGAUUGAUACUGGAUAUCUGCUUCAAAUAUUCACCUUUUGGACAAAAGCCCAAAAUGAGACUCGACUUUAUGGUUACCCCAGACCCAGCGGUCAUCAACUUUGAACAUGGAUUAACCAUAACAGGCAGAAAUACAGAUGCAAACAUGCUGACUGUAUGGACGUUAUUAUUUACAUUACAGGAGAUGAGCAGAGAUAUUUAAUCCUGUGUCACCCACCAUUUCAUGUUACUUUCUCACAUUCUGGAUGGUAAAUGACACAUGAGAUUCAAAAUGACAGAAUACAACUUUGGGAUGAGUUGCUGUAAGAGUUUUUAACACAUAGAGCAUGAGAAGCUGGAGUGCAACAGUGUUUCAAUGUAUUUUGCACAAAUUCUUUUGAGCUUAUUUUAGUUCAGAAUGUUAGUUUUGUAGUUGGACUACUGGUUCCCGGCAUAUGACAUCUCUCAGAGAGAUCAUUUACUCUAACACUGUGGACACUGUUACAUAAAACGACAGGGAUUUGUAUAUGGUAUGGAUUUAUUUGUUCGUCUUUUUGUCAUGAUGUAAUUUGUGCAUUAUUUUGCAAGUGCAUUUUGAUUAAACAUGGAGGAUUAUGAAUGUACUGUGAUUUAAACUUUGACAAUAAAUUA